GAAGUGUGGAGACUCCUGCCCAGUCCAAAGCCUCCCUUCUCCUCCUCUCCUCCACUGACAGAAUCAGCGGGGCAUGGCUUGGAGGGGCUCACAAUUGCUAUUCGCCCCUGUGCUGCUGCUGCUGCUGCACCUGGCCUCAGGUGUCUGGGGGUCGACAGUUGUUUCUGAGGAACUUCACAGAGCGGUAGGACAGAACCUCUCUGUGAACUGCAAGUACAAGCCUGAGGCAGGGCCUUACGUGCCGAAAUCGUGGUGUCGUCAGACAUCUCCAGCUAGAUGUAACAGAGUGGUCACAACCUCCCAGCCUUGGAGGGCCGACACAGAAUCACAGUAUACAAUCUUGGACAAACCUGAAGUCGGCCUCUUCAUCAUCACCACCACUCGGCUCACGGAGAAGAACUCAGCGAUCUACUGGUGCGGACUCUUUAAUGUUUCCCACAAUAAAAUCAUAGUUCUCCGAAACAUCAGCCUGGUGGUGUCUCCAGCCAUGCCCACUCUUCCUCCACGGACCAGCGUCGGGCUCCAAACGAGGAUAGUUCUGACCACUUCUCCAGAGGAAACCACUGGCUCUUUCACCGAUGGCUCUCAGCACAGAAACCAGAGUUCUUCUUCCACUGCUGGCGGGGUCUCCCCAAGGCUUCUGGUCUUCGUGCAUUAUGGACUCCUCCUACUCAAGGGCCUGAUGCUGUCAGUUCUCUGCGUGGUCCUUUACUGGAGAAGCUGCCAGGGGCGUGAGUAUGCAGCAGAGACAGUGACAAUGGAGGUUACGGAAUAUGCCAGCCUUCCUGACAUCUCGGAGUCCUUGGGCACACGUAGCCGCAUCUCAGAGUAUGAGAAGAAUGCUUAUUCUCCUAACCCUGCCCAGUGAUCAGAGCUACCCAACUGCUGUGUACUACAGCCCUACUGAAGCCAUCAGGCAAGCACAGGGAGACAACCGCACGUCCCCACUUAAAAUCACCAGCGAAGACUGUCACUUUGGUAUCCAGCACCUGAAGAUUCACACACACCCCCAGCACGCAUCUCCCCCAAGCUGACCCAAGUUAAUCUGCACUGGGUGUCAGACCCUCAGUACCCAACACCCUGCUCCCCAGUAUCUCUCCAGAAUCCUACACUGGUGCUUUCUCUCCCAAAACUCUCUUGGUCUCUCUCCUGCCUCUUUGGCGUUGCUCACCAGCCCUGUGUGUGUCCUCUUGUGCUUAAGUUCGGACUUUUAGAAUGCAUCUGAGCAGAACACGGUAAUGCCAUUUCCCCUGGACUGCCUCUCCUCUUGCUCUAGAUUCCUUAAAAUGAGAGAAAAAUAACUUAAAUAUACAAGAAAGGUUGUGAUCUGCAGACUACAAACAGAGGAAGCCAAGAAGUUAAAGGAAAAAAGUGGUUUUUAAAAGGACAGAAAACUCCCCCAGACGGCUCAUCCAGCGCACAUAGGCGCUGACCACCAGGGGGCAGUGUGUGUUGGUUUAGCGAGUGAGGCAAUUUCAUCUUCACAUAGAAAGUCUGGUUGUACAAACUCGUGGGAGGUGUGGGUAGAUAGGGGAACCCUUUAGGGAACAAAAACAAUGUCACAUCCAUUAACCAAGAAGAAGCCAGAGUGAUCUUCGGCACAGGUAACGUCCAGUACAGCCUGGACACCGGACAUUGAACAUGGAUAUUGCUGGCAGCAGCCAUGGCAAAUCCACCACGAAGACUGCACAUUUUUUCUCUCUCU